AUGGCGGCUUCACCUCCCAAAGCUAUUUUCAUGGAGCUGGAGGGUUGUCCCUUUGUUGAUCUGCUGGCAUCUUUGGAAGGCUUGCAACGGGGUGAAGUACGAGAGCAAGAGGAUUGUGGGGGCUCAAGUAUGCCAUUUGAUCUUCUCCGAGAUGAUACAGUUGUUCAGGAUCCAGUUUCCGGGCUGCCGGGGAUUCAGUGGAUAGAUACAAGAAUUAGAGCUUUGAAGUUGAAAAGAACCACAAUCGUGGAUCCCAAGACAAGAAAGCUUGGGGGAUCUCUGAAUGUUCCUUUUGUCCAAGAGUUGGCCAAGAAAAAUCCCUUUUCUGUUCCAACUCGUUACAUACGCCCCGACAAAGACCAAUAUCCAACCAUCUCUAACGGUUCUGCUAUGGAGACGCUAUUACUUAUGAGUAACUGUCAGCAGUUGAUUAAUCAUGGAGUUAGCUCUUCAUUGGUGGAGAAAUUGAAAUCAGAAGUUCAAGAUUUUUCCAAUUUGCCGAUGGCUGAAAAGAACAAAUAUGGUCAAGAACCAGGAGAUGUAGAAGGAUAUGGGCAGGCCUUUGUCAAAUUAGAGGAGCAAAAGCUUGACUGGGCUGACGUGUUAUACAUGAUCACUCAACCAGAAGAUUUAAGAAAACCUCAUUUAUUCCCUAAGCUGCCUCUUCCUGUAAGGAUAAAAACUGUUUUUGACAUGAACUAA